UAUUCUGUGCAUAGAGUAGAUUAAUGUUCUGUAUGAUGUGUCUGUGAAUCAGUGUAGUUAUGUCUGUAUGACUGUGAUUGUCAAUUGUGGAUGUGGAAUGUUUUGUGUUGUGAGUGAAUGGUAGUUAAAUUUGUUAAAAUCUUGUCAUGUGGUUAUGUCUGCGACGAGCAUCCUGAUUGGCUAGUGGUCGCGCCACUGUGUGGAAUGGUGCCGGUGUGUUGGUGUAUCGUCGAUUAGUGCGGUUGAGGCGAUCUCGACACGAUGGGGAAGCUACUGUCCAAGAUCUUCGGGAACAAGGAGAUGAGGAUACUCAUGCUGGGACUAGAUGCUGCUGGAAAGACUACAAUUUUAUAUAAAUUAAAAUUAGGUCAGUCAGUAACAACGAUACCCACAGUCGGUUUCAAUGUAGAAACUGUUACGUAUAAAAACGUCAAAUUCAACGUGUGGGAUGUUGGAGGGCAGGACAAAAUACGACCGCUAUGGAGGCAUUAUUACACAGGUACCCAAGGUCUGAUAUUCGUGGUGGACUGCGCGGACCGCGACCGCAUCGACGAGGCGCGCCAGGAGCUGCACCGCAUCAUCAACGAUCGCGAGAUGCGCGACGCCAUCAUACUCAUAUUCGCUAACAAGCAGGACUUGCCAGAUGCAAUGAAACCACAUGAGAUUCAAGAGAAGCUCGGUCUGACGCGCAUCCGCGACCGCAACUGGUACGUGCAGCCGUCGUGCGCGACGUCCGGCGACGGGCUGUACGAGGGGCUCACGUGGCUCACCAGCAACCACAAGUUAUGAGCUGCAGAGUAGGCGGCCGCGUGCCGCCUCCACACAACGGUGAGGAUAUAGAUGCCAUUUAAUUGUAAGUAAGCGCCCGCACCGUCUGUAACAAUGUGAACCAGUGUCGAACUAUAGCGCAAGUGCAGUGAACCUACCAUGGACUUAAAUUAUAAAAUUAUAGUUAGUUAAAGUGAACUGUUUGUCACACAAAAUCAAUUAUUCCAUUAUUUAAACGAUUAGAGCUUUGUUCUAUCGAAAUAUUUGAUUAUUUUUUAUGUUAUAUAAAUGGUGAUUACGUAAAGUAAAUGACUUUUUUUUUCAUAUUUUUUACCACCAUUGUAUAGUAACGGUAGGUAAAGUUUCUAACACUAGUAUACAGAGUGAAUGAAGUGAUUCGAGGUUAUUUUAAUAUUUAUAAAGCAAUAUAAGCACGCUAUGU